AUGACGCAACACUCUCACCGCCCGUCGUCGGGCCUAAAACAACGCAAUAAACCUUCUAAAAAGAGCUCCGGGGCUCCGGUGUCUGCUGCCGCGUAUCGAGAGGCCCAGAAGCGGAAGGAGGCUGCUCCUGGCAUCACAGCCGCUCUUCGUCCGAUUAACAAGCAACAGAGGGCACUGGUGACAAAGCAGAAGCGAGCUCGUCAGCUACAGAACCUGCAGCAGCUAAAAUUCUCGCUUCGAGGGGCGGCAGCGUGCGGACACGCAGCCCUUCCUCCACGGGUUGUUCUUAUCGUGUCGUUCGAUGAGCAAACCGACUCCCGCGUCGUUUUCGCGGCGCUGGCCCGCCAGCUGCGCAACGAUCUCGGCCUCCACGAUGCUCAUCCAAGUGCGCGUUACAAUCCUUUGGAAGAGCAAAAGGAUCUGACUGCGGAAAUUGCGGCCGCCUGCCGAGUCUCGGGAGUGGUGAAACACACCAAAAAGACACAUUCGGCGCAGGCCUCCAUGCUCUCUUCGACUUUCCUCUUUCCUCUUCCUAAUUACGCACGGUGCCCCUCUCUUCCCCUCCGAUCGCAGCAGCGGAUCCUACUCCUGCCAGCGCCGCCGCCACGGAACACCCUGCCUCUCCUUGACCUCUGCAAAUGCGCAGAUCUCCUCCUCUGCACCUUUUCGGGCGAGUGUACAUACACCCGGCCAGCUUUUGACGAGGAUGGGUACCGAUUCUUAACUGCCCUCAAAAUGCAAGGCGUUCCGCCGGUAGUCGGCGUUGGAUCUUCCGUGACUCUGCACGCUCACCUGGGCGCUUUCCUUUCAGGAGAUUGCACGGUGACGACUGUUCCUUCUCGAUCCCCCUUGCCAGCAGGUGACAGCGAUACGGGAAUGGAAGCGGAUGCGAUGGACGCCCUGGAUUCGUCUUCGAUGUUCACGGACAAGGAGGGUCUUCAAAAGCAGGUAUUCGGCGGAAAGUCAGGGAAAAAGCAAGCUGCGGAAACGCUCCGGUUCCAGCAACGCUACUUCACUUCUGAAUUCGGCGCUGACAAGAAAUUUUGUGCAAUCUCGCAGCCUUCGGAUUGGCAGAAGGUGGUACGCUUGAUUGGAGGCGCCAACGUUCCUCAGGACGUGGCUGGGUCGGCUCAGGCCUCGUCUUCGUCGGCGGGCCCCGGCGCAAGUGCACAUGGAGAUCUCCAGUGGCGGAGAGGCCGGGGCUACAUGCUUGCCUUGGAUUGGGAGAUUGUGACAGGCGCCCAAGGGCACCAGCCCAGUCGCGCGAGUCUUAGAGGCGAACAGGCGCAACCUGAGAGAAUCGACGGGGGAGAGGAGCACGAGCAGGAAGCCGAGGAGACCUAUUUGCACGCCUACGGCUUUGUCAGGGGAGUCGGCAUGACGUGCAGACUCCCGAUCCACAUCACCGGAGUUGGAGACUUCAUUGCUGAGCGUAUUGACGUUCUCCACGACGACGACUGGAAGAGAAGGGAGAACAGGAGGGGUCCUGCCGGCGCCGCGAUGCCCGGGACCGUCGGCGCCCUUUCGCCUUGUCAAGAAGAGUACGAGAUGUCGGAGGCGCAGAAAGCUGACGGCGGAGAGCAAGGAGUGAAUAACGAAACAGGGGAGACCGGGGUCGGGGACCAGUCCCGUGCACAUCCAAAGUUGGACGAAGAGAGUUUGACCGUUGCUGAAAGGGCCGAGCUCCUCAAGAGCAUGAAUCCCCUUCAACCCUUCGACCCAACAACGCUGGAGCAGACGUGGCCAACUGAGAACGAGUUGCGGGAAGGAGAAGAGAACAAGAAAAAAGGGAAGUGCCGUCGCAUCCGGGUCCCAAAGGGGAUUUCUGAGUACGAGCGCAUUUGGUAUGAAGAAGAAGUCGAUGACGAGGACUCAGAAAACGAAGGAUACGCAGGUGAAGAGCACGCGGCGAUUUCAGAUGAAGGGGAGGAAAUGGGCGCCGAUGACGAAAAAGACGAAGACUGGCACGUACAGGAAGACACAGAGCUGCUGGGCGAUGCCGGCGAGAUGCAACGAGCAAAAGAGGAAAUGGCGAAAAAGCGGAAUUUCACGAUCGAACAGAGAGCAGCUGAGGACCUCCAGUUCCCUGACGAAGUCGACACCCCGCUGGACGUAGAGGCGCGAGUGCGGUUUCAAAAGUACCGAGGUCUGAAGAGUUUCCGCACGUCGUACUGGAACAAGGACGAAGACCUCCCUGUCGAGUAUGCUCGAGUUGUCGACUUUGAGCGUUUCAAGGCCAUGAGUGCUUAUGCACGAGGCGAACUGCGCCGGCUGUGCAGUGGCAAUGUCUUCCAUGGCCGAUUCUGUCGGGUGACCAUUCCGCUCCAUUAUCAUCCGGCUUCAACGCACUCCGCGUCGUAUCUACAAUGCGAUUCGUCUGAAGCCUCCGAGCCCCGGAAGUGCACAAAGGCCCAGCUUGCUCAGAUCCUGCAACACCUCAGGCGCGCCUCGACACCUGACUCCACUUCUGAGACCGCGAAUAACCAGGCAGAAGGGCGCAUGCUGAGGCAGAGAGGGGAAGGGAGAGGAUUCCUCGUCUUGUCGAGUCUCCUCCCCUACGAGUGCGCCGUCUCGGUCGUCCAUUUGCAGCUGACGAGAGGUGGACCUUAUGAGGGCUCGCUCAAAGGCAAAGAAGAGCUCCUCUUCAACUGCGGCUUUCGACGGUUUGUUGGGCGACCAGUCUUCAGCGAAGACCGGGGCGUCUCAGGUUCCGGCAGUCACACAGACAAGACAAAAAUGCUUCCAUUCUUUCACUCUGGGGUGUCGUGCGUCGCGUCGCUCUACGCGCCUACAAUGUACCCCCCUUCUUCGGUUGUUGUCUUCAGACAGACUGAAGAUGGUACACACCCCUUGCAAGUUUGUGCUUGGGGAAGCGUGCUCAAUAGCACCAGCAACCGCAUCAUUAUAAAGCGAAUUGUCCUCACAGGCUACCCCUUCAAGGUCCACCGUCGCAAGGCGGUUGUUCGUUACAUGUUCUUUGAUCCUCGAGACAUCAGGUGGUUUACCCCUGUCGAGCUCCACACCAAGAAAGGCCUUCGAGGAAACAUUGUGCAGCCGCUCGGAACUCAUGGGUACAUGAAGUGCAAAUUUAAUCAGUACAUCAAACAGGAUGACACGGUAUGUAUGUAUCUCUACAAGCGCGUCUUCCCUAAGUGGCAUCCGCCUACAUGGGGAGGCAACCCGGCGCUUCUCCCUACCGAUGAACUCCGUAAUGACGUGAAUGAAGAUCAAGACAUGGAAGUGUAG